CUUUCCCCCUUACCAUCACCCGUACUUCUCAUUCCGUGGUCGUAUCCGCAUCCGAUCGCGCAUAUAUAUCCCUCUUCUCGCUCAAUCCAUCCCUAAAACGCAUCUGCUCUUUGAAUGCUAUCUGCUGCAUCUGAAUCAACGCAACACGGAGUACCGAUACCCGAUUAUGAUGAGACCGUUGCAACCAUGCGUCCCAAUUCCACCCUCGACAACAGAGAUUGCGACGAGGAUGCGCUGACCAAGGGUCUAGAGCACGAACAGCAGUUGUCUCUUCAGUUGGAGGCCAUUUCGAGCCAUCUCAAUGGAAAGUUCGCUUCUAGGCUUGAACCUGUAGAAGAUCAAUCUAUGUCACCUGCGGCCAUUUUUCUGUCUUCAUUUAGCCCGACCUUGUCCGAAGCGGCUUCUCGCUCGGAUUCCGAAGGAGACAUCAUCUCUGGCUACCAGCUGGGACCCGUAAUUGCAGUCGGUGGGUCCUCCGUAAUCCGUCAAGCGACGUCUUCGCAAGGGGGCACUGUCGCUGUCAAAAUCGUGAGACGGUCGGAUCUUGAUAAGCAAGCUGAUGCUGUGUUGGCUCGCAAGCGCCUUGACCGUGAAGCAGCGGUAUGGAGCACACUCAGCCACGAGCACAUUCUUCCGCUGUUUUCUGUCUAUAGGACACCAAAUGCAGAUUACUUCUUCACCCUUUACUGUCCGGCGGGCAGCUUGUUUGACAUCCUCAAACGCGAUGGGCGUCCGGCUCUACCACAAGACGAGGCGGGGAUGAUGUUCAGACAAGUUGUACGGGGACUUCGGUAUCUGCAUGAGGUGGCGGGGAUUGUUCACGGGGACAUGAAGCUCGAGAACGUGCUUGUAGAUGAGAUGGGUGUUUGUAGAAUCUCUGAUUUUGGAAUGGCACGCAAGAUUGGCGAAAUUCACGAAGAACAAACCCAGAGUAAUGUGCACAAAGUACACAAGACACGCCUGGGUGCGCAUUCGAGAAUACCGCACAGAAAGCAAGGCCAUCUGUCGUCACACCUAUCCAUGAUUCGCCAUGAGGGUGGUUCUCGCCAUCGCAAUUCUAGCCCACUGCCCAUAUCUUCGAGCGUCGAGUCUACGCCCUCGAACUAUGACUACAACCCAGGUUCAUUACCCUAUGCGGCGCCUGAGUUACUGCUUCCAUCGUCUUCGGCACCGCGUUCACCUAAUCCUGCACAGGACAUCUGGGCGCUGGGGGUGAUGUUGUACGCGCUCUUGACCGGGCGAUUACCGUUUGUGGACUCCUAUGACCCACGUCUACAGAUGAAAAUCCUCCACGGUGUAUUUGACAUGCCGAAAGGCAUUGGCCGUGGCGCAGAGAGCGUCUUGCAGGGAUGCUUGGAACGCUCGGUGCCAAGCCGAUGGACCAUUGCAAUGGUGGACGAAGUAGCAUGGGGGAUUGGCUGGGGUGAAGAGGGCGAUAGCGCAACGCCUCCUGAAUCUAGAUGCACACCUCCUCGCGUGGCAUCGAGUUCGCGAUCCAGGUCUCGACCAGGCGUGCAGCUAGAUACGGCAGCGAUUGAUGAUGCAGAGAGCGUUCGCUCGUCCUCUCUUGCGACUUGCUCCGGCAAUCGUUCCUUGUCUGUGAGACCCCGCCGCAGCCGGAGCUCUUCCCGCCACCCACAUCAUCCAUAUGAAAUUCAUCAUCAUAUCCAUCCUCACCCCCAUCCUCACCCUCGCCCCACGGAACCCUCAUUCUCUGCACUCACAAAUGCCAUCUUGCGCACCAAUUCCACUUCUUCUGACUCGUCUUCUAGCCCAAAUGAUUCUGCCGUCUUGAUGACCCCAAGCAGCUCGCAAGAGUCCGAACGGAGGCGUGGCCGAUCUUCGCAGAUGAAGCUACCGUGGUCGUCCCAGCAACAUGCACCUGACUCGCGCUCUGUGAGUCCAUUAGAGGCGCUGCUCACUCCGAGAGAUCAGUCUGAGCUUGAAUAUCAUUCCAUGCACCCUUGGGACAAGAAUACCGAUGCAAUAGAUGUUUCGGGUCAGGGCGGAGAAGCCUUCAAUGGCAUGCAGGAUGCUGUACUAGCGGAGAUCGAUGCCGAGUCCAUCGUCGAAGACGAAGACACGCAGUGGGACGAGGGAUUGAACGUGGAGCACCGUUCCACGUUCUCGCGUCCAUCUGCUAGACAUCGAAGUCGUUCUCUGGAUGAUCGCCGGCGGAAGUUGCGGGCGGGCAGUAUGCCGCCUGCAGCAGCGCGUUCGACGUCAUGGCGCUCAUCCUAUCCCCCCUCCUCUCAUUCCUCCGAGUACUCCUCUGCCUCGACUCCAAAGCCAAUCUCCCGCAAGAGUCGCUCUGGCCGCAGUCAGAGCGUCGAUUUAGCCUUCGAUUGAUCGUUGCGAAGCCAAUUUUAAAAUGCCAUCAAGGCUUGUAUACCUACCCCGUUUCCCCUCUGUCAUACGUGGAUCACGAUCUCAUGAUACGCGCAUCUAUUUACCCUGUCCGCAAGCAUCGUCGCAAUGGGUGGAACGAUAUCCCUAUCGAUAUCCCUAUUUUUAUGAGUACGUGGUUCAUCCUUGUCUAUCUUAUGCGAUUGUAUUACCUCGCCUUUUGUAAAUUGGGCUUGGGUCGCUGGUUUUCUUUGCACAUGCAUAGCAGUUACCUCUUGUCCAAUCUGGUCGUCACGUAACAGCGUGUAUAUCUGUAUUGUAGCUUCGGGCGAUGGGCCCAAUAUUUGUAGUAUUUACACCAUCAUGUCUUCAGUCUGUCCCGC